GUCCCACAUCCACGGACAUGGGUAUUGGUAUCGGCGGAGUUCUUGGGGUUAAAUGGGCGGUGCAAGCCAUGGGUUAACGUAACCCUUACUGAAAGCUCCUUUGCAAAGUGCUCUGGCGAUCCAGUUUGAUGGAUAAUUCUAUGUGUUGGUAUGUGUACGUACGGUUGUGCUUGCACGGAGAUCAGGAAAAGGGCCAUGCAUACCGAUUCCGUGCGGGUUCCAGCUGGUCGGAGACCGAAAGGGAUCCUCUUACUAUCCGUCGGAGAUCAGUCAUAUGCGUGUCAAGUUCGAUUUCGAACGUUGAAGCUGUUCAGGCAGGCGAAAUUCCAUGCAUGGGAAAGUUUGAAAUUUCGCAGCGGGCCCUCUCAUGCUCGAUUGAGGGCUAUGCACAUGGUAUGGGGGGUUGUCGAAUGUAACGCAUUCCCUGUCGGCGUGAUACUGAUGUGGGCGAUGGGAUCGAUCAACCAGGCGCUGCCAGCCGCCAAAACGUGGAUGGCGUUUUCAUCGAAGGGAACUGUUGGAUGUUAUUGUUGUUUCCAGGAUUCCAGGAGUGUGUAUGCUGUAUUUAUGGAAGAUGGCUGGAAAAAGAGCGAGAGCAACCAACACUAAGGGAUGUGAAGGGCUGAAGUUGAGUGUGAACAUUUCGAAAAAAGGAAAGUGCGUUACAGCGCCUUCGUUGGAUACUGCCUCAUAUGGGAACUUUGACACAAGAUUUUGAGACGCAACAUAAGAACAUCAUUGUGGCCAAGGGAUGCAAGAUCAAACCCGGUAAACUGCAUCGAACAUCCACAAAGUCUCCGAAUGAAGAAGAAAAACAACAACAACAAGAGUUCUAGAAGAUCGAACAAAGUAAUUCAUUCCUUGAAAAGGCAG